UUUUCUUCUCCUCUCUCUCUCUCUCUCUCUCUCUCUCUCUCCGCUUGUGCAUUUUGCAGGAGGUGGCCGGGGAUUUUAAGGAUUUUCUUCUCCUUUUUUGUUGUGUGUAUAUAUAUAUAUUUUUGGGUGGUGAAGCUACUCCGGGGUUCCUGAAAGCCUGCAACGAUUCAUUUGUGAAAAGUGAUGGCCGAGCGGGGAGCUCUGCCGCUCCUCUCCCUCCUCUGUCUCACCUUUCUCUACACGGAGACCGCCGCGGCAAAGCAUGUCGACAAAGGUUCAGCAGCGCAGCCCUUCAACCCCUUCUGGUUCACGGUGGAGCCUCAGGACACGCUGGCGGUCCGGGGCAACUCGGCGCUGCUCAACUGCUCGGCCCACAGCGACGCGGCGACGCCGGCGCGCGUCGAGUGGAAGAAAGACGGCACCUUCAUGAGCCUGGAUUCGGACGAGAGGCGGAACGUGCUCCCCGACGGCUCGCUGUUCUUCGCCCACGUGGUCCACUCCAAGCACAACAAGCCCGACGAGGGCACCUACCAGUGCGUCGCCACCAUCGACAACGUCGGGUCCAUUUCCAGCCAGACGGCCCGUCUCUCCGUGGCCGGGAUGCCGAGGUUCACCAGCCAGCCGUCGCCGGCCGCCGUGCAUCUUGGGAACAACCAGGUGAUGGCGUGCGAGGUCAACUCGGACCUGGUGCCCUUCACCAGGUGGGAGAAAGACCGCCUGCCGCUGGAGCCGAGCGCCAGGCUGGUCCAGCUGCCCAGCGGCGCCCUGGUGAUCACCAACGCCACGGAGGCCGACGCCGGCCUUUACCGCUGUCUGGUGGAAAAUGUGGGGUCGUCCAAGGCCAGUGACGAGGCCCAGCUCCAAGUGCUGCCAGAAACCGGAGAAGACAGGAAGCCGGAGCUCCUGGUGCAGCCCGCGUCGGUGACCAAGGCGGUGGGCGCCGGCGUGCUGCUGCCCUGCCUUGUCAGCGGGUUCCCCGUGCCGCACGUUCGCUGGAUGUUUGGAGACAAGCUGCUCCAAGAAAGCGAGGGUCGAGUGGAGCUGCUGGGAGGAGGCAGCGUCCAGAUCUCCAAUCUCACGGAGGAGGACGCCGGCGUCUACACCUGCAUGGCGGACGCCGCCAACGCAACCGUCGAAGCCCAGGCCCAACUCUCCAUACAAGUUCCUCCCCAGUUCGCCAAGCGGCCGGACAACGUUUACGCCUACGAGUCCAUGGACAUCGUCUUUGAGUGCGAGGUGUCGGGGUCACCGGCGCCCACCGUCAAAUGGGUCAAGAACGGAGACGCCGUCAUCCCCAGCGACUACUUCAAGAUAAUCAAGGAGCACAACCUGCAGGUUCUGGGUCUGGUGAAGUCGGAUGAGGGUUUCUAUCAGUGCCUCGCGGAGAACGACGCAGGCAACAUCCAGUCAAGCGCCCAGCUCAUCAUCUUAGAUCACGGCUCCGGAGGCGUAGCGGGUCCGGCGGGGCCCACCCCCUCCGCCCCCAGGGACGUCGUGGCUUCCCUGGUGUCCACCCGUUUCAUCAAGCUGACCUGGCGCCCGCCAGCCGAACCCCACGGAGACGAGUUAACCUACUCGGUGUUCUACAGCCAGGAGGGAACCAGCAGGGAGCGAGUAGUGAAUACCAGCCGUCCAGGGGAGAUGCAGGUCACCAUCCAGAACCUCAUGCCAGACACCAAAUAUCGCUUCAGGGUCGUGGCCCACAACAGCAACGGCCAGGGAGAGAGCUCUGCAGCGCUCAAAGUGGCCACCCAGGCUGAAGUGCAAGUGCCCGGCCCCGCUCCCAACCUGCAGGCGGUGUCCAACGCGCCGACCUCCGUCUCUCUGAGCUGGGACAAACCGCUCACGGGCAACGGGGAGAUGCUCACCUACAAGCUGUACUACACCGACAAAAGCUACGGCGACGAACAGGACGUCGACGUCGAUAUUCAGUCCUACACGCUGACCGGGCUGAAGAAGAACAACGAGUACAGCUUCCGCGUGGUGGCCAACAACAAGCACGGCCCGGGCGUCUCCACUGAUGACAUCACUGUUCGCACGUUGUCCGACGUACCAAGUGCUCCUCCUCAGAACCUCACCCUGGAGGUCCAGAACUCAAAGGGCAUCAUGCUCCGGUGGCAGCCCCCGCCCCUUAACGGCCAGAAUGGGGAGAUCACCGGCUACAAGAUCCGAUACCGGAAAGGCUCCCGGAGGAGCGAAGCAGCCGAGACCACCGGAGGCACCCAGCUCGUCAAGCUCAUCGACGGUCUGGAGCGCGGCACCGAGUACUCCUUCCGGGUGUCGGCCAUGACGGUGAACGGCACCGGACCGGCCACCGAGUGGACCGCGACGGAGACCUUCGAGAGCGACCUGGAUGAAUCGCGCGUACCGGACCAGCCCAGCUCCCUUCAUGUCCGGCCGCUGGUCAACAGCAUCGUGGUGAGCUGGACGCCGCCGGAGAACCAGGACAUCGUGGUGCGCGGGUACACCAUCGGCUACGGCAUCGGCAGUCCGCACGCUCAGACCAUCAAAGUGGACUACAAGCAGCGCUACUACACCAUCGAGAACCUCGACCCCAGCUCCCACUAUGUGAUCACCCUGAAGGCCUUCAACAACGUGGGCGAGGGGAUUCCCGUGUACGAGAGCGCCAUCACCAGGCCGCAGUCCGUACCAGACCCCUCCCCAAUGAUGCCACCCGUGGGCGUUCAGGCCUCCGUGCUGAGCCACGACACCAUCAAGGUGACCUGGGCCGACAACUCGCUGCCCAAGAACCAAAAGAUCACAGAUAACCGGUUCUACACGGUCCGCUGGAAGACCAACAUCCCCGCCAACACUAAAGUGAAGAUGGCCAACACCACCAGCCUGAACCACGUGGUGAUCGGCCUGAAGCCCAACACGCUCUACGAGUUCUCCGUCAUGGUGACCAAAGGGCGCCGCACCAGCACGUGGAGCAUGACUGCACAGGGCACCACCUUUGAGACCAUUCCCAGCUCCUCCCCGAAGGACGUGACCGUGGUGAGCAAAGAGAACAAGCCUCGCACCAUCAUAGUCAACUGGCAGCCUCCGUCGGAGGCCAACGGGAAGAUCACCGGCUACAUCAUCUACUACAGUACAGAUGUAAACGCCGAGGUCCACGACUGGGUCAUCGAACCCGUGGUGGGCAACCGCCUGACCCACCAGAUCCAGGAGCUGACGCUGGACACCACCUACUACUUCAAGAUCCAGGCCCGAAACUCCAAGGGCAUGGGCCCCAUGUCUGAGGCCGUUCACUUCCGCACCCCGAAGACCUCAAAUCUCCCACCGAAGCCGGGGCCUUCGGGCAACCAGCAUCCACACGACCCCAGAACUGCAGUCGGCGUGGGAGGCAACAGCGAAGGUCACAUCCUGGUCAUCGUCAUCAUCAUCUCAGUGGGAGCCUUCACCAUCAUCGUGGUGGUGGUCGGGGCCUUCCUGUGCACGCGGCGCACCACGUCCCACCAGAAAAAAAAGCGAGCCGCCUCGAAGUCCUCGAACGGCUCCCACAAAUACAAGGGGAACUCCAAAGACCUGAAGCCCCCUGAUCUUUGGAUUCACCACGAGAGGCUGGAGCUGAAACCCAUGGACAAGUCGCCGGAUCCCAACCCGGUCAUGACGGAAACGCCCAUCCCCCGCACCUCGCAGGACAUCACGCCGGCUGACGGCGGCCUGGACAGCAACCCCCACCUGCAGCAGCGGCGCAACUCCUACCGCGGCCACGAGUCAGAGGACAGCAUGUCGACACUAGCAGGCCGACGAGGGAUGAGGCCUAAAAUGAUGAUGCCUUUUGACGCUCAGCCUCCUCAGCCUGUGAUUAGUGCUCACCCCAUCCAUUCCCUUGAUAACCAUCACCACCAUUAUCACAUGGGCAGCCUGGCGUCGCCGACACGCAGCUACCUCUACCACCAGGGCGGGGGGCACCCCCGCCCGCACGCCUGUGCCACCCCCAUCUCCCAUCUAGACAGGGUGGACUCCACAGAGUCGGUGAGGAAUACCCCCAUUUCGGAGCCCCUCCCUCCAGCCGCCGCCUCCUCCCAGGCCUCCUGCCCCUCGGAGAUCAUGGCCGACCCCGAGGGCAGCUACCACGGCUCCACCACCACCGAGGAGGAGGCCAGCUACUCCAGCAACCUGCCCCCCCACCGCUCGGCCCACCCGCACGCCCACGCCCACCCGCUCAAGAGCUUCGGCGUGCCCACCAUCCCGACCACCAGCCACCCGACGUUCGAGUCGCCGGCCCUGCCCAGCACCCCCCUGCUCGCUCAGACCGGGCCUCCUACUCACCCCCAUGUUGUUAAAACAGCCUCUAUCGGAACACUAGGAAGGACUCGAAACCCGCUGGUCGUCACGGUGCCCAACGCCCCCGAUGUGCCGGAGACCAGCAAGAUGCUGGAAGACGUCGACAGCAGCUACGAGCCCGACGAGCUGACCGAGGAGAUGGCCCACCUCGAGGGCCUCAUGAAGGACCUGAACGCCAUCACCACAGCGCCAUGAGCAUGCACACACACACACACACACACACCUACACCUACACGGAGACACACACACACUCUCACUGUCAUCCACACGCACACGCAGAAAGACGCACACUCUAAAGUCAAACAAACACGCCCAAACAUGAACCUUGGGAGGCUGGUGGACACAAAAUGGCGUCUUGUGCCCAAGGAAAAAACUCUCACUUUGUCCCCCUCUGCAGAGGAAAAAAACAAACAGAACAACAAAAACAAACUCCAGACUUCGGGGAACCCUUUUUAUUUUUAUUUUUUUUUCAGCUUCCCUCGCUCAGUCUCAGGAAGGAGAGGGAAGGAAGAAGUGACGCGCUUCAUCUUUUUUUAUGAGGAACCGUUUCUCAGAGACAAUGAAACUUCAAAAAACAUUCGGGGUCGCUUUCAACCGGAAGAUUGUGAGUUCUCUCCUCGGCAAGAAGACGACGGCGUGCCGGUCGGGCGUUUCUGUUUUUUUAUGUUUUCACGUCGAGUCAAAAAGGAGAAAGUCCAAAAAAGAUGCUGGUUUUGAUGUCGGCGCCUCCACGGUGUUUGUUUUGAUUAAUGUUUCCUUUGUGCAUUGUGUAUAUCUAUUGGGCCGUUUCAGUGAAGUGAACAUUGGAAAUCAGCCCCCGUCCCCCACCCCACCUUUUACAAGCCGACGUUAUUCAUAAACGUUGUUUUUACCCCCCUUGUGUCUUAUAUUGUGCCAUGACUUUUUAUUAUUUUUUUGUAUGUUAUUGUAUUUUUGUACACACAUAUCCUUAUAAACAUGUACAUAUGUUGUAUGUGUGCUUUUUUUCCCUUUUUUUUUUUCUCUUAAACUGCCUCAUUCUUUUGAUGUUUCCCAUUUGUUUCUUUUUAAUUUUUUGGGGGGGGGGCGGAGGAUUGAAAGUGGGAUUCCAAGAGAGUCCUGAAGCUCAGUUUUCAUAUUAAAAAAAGGGGAGAGAGAAGCCUGAUGUGUUUUCCUGUACAUUCUUCUCUGGCUUCGAGUCGCCCCCUUUGUACAUUAAAUCAUCUUUCUCAGUCUUCUGUUUGUCGUGGGAGCUCCGUUUCAAAAAGCCUCACCAACGUGUAUGUAUGCGGGGAAACAUCCAAUAAUACGAGCUUCUCUGUCGUCCUGUGGGACUUGGCAGUCUCUCCUCACAGGUCAGGGGGCACCUAAAGGACUCAGGGCGCUGACACUCACAUGGCACCCACCCAGUCAAUCAAUCAAUCAA